UGAAGUAUAGUGGGAAUGAAGAAGUAUUUAUUAAUUAGAAAUGUGGGAAGGAAGAGAUGGGCUGGAUGUCUGUUUAUUAUUGGUCUUGCAAUGGUUUUGUUGAUUCGAUAUAGUAGUGUAGAAAAAUCAUACAGCAUUGUAGAAAAAUCAGACAGCAGUGUGGAAGAAUCUCCAAAAAAGCAAUCAGUUUAUGGGUUUUUCAAUGACCAUCCGGACAUUAAUGAAGGUUCAAAAGAUGAAAAUGCCAAGUUGUCUGAUCUGAAACCAGUAGAGCUAGUAACUUUUAAGGAAAAACCACAUCUUAUUGAUGUCGAAGGGCUUAAUGAUCUAUACAGCUUGAAUAAUUUUUCGACAGAAGAGUCGAAGGCAUUGCUAGCAUGGGGCAAGAUGAGAUUGUUGUUGUCUAGAUCAGAUGGUUUGAAUGGAACUGCUCAAGGAGUUAAGGAGGCUGCUAUAUCAUGGAAAGAUUUGGUGUCGUUCAUUGAGAAAAGUAAAGCUCAAGAUGAGAAGGAAAAUGAGGAUUGUCCUUAUUCUGUGACUGCAUUCAAUACCGCGACGUUGAAGGACGGGAGCAGUCUUAGGAUUCCUUGUGGCUUAGUUGAGGAUUCAUCUAUUACUGUGAUAGGCAUACCUGAUGCAAAGCAAGAAGGUUUUCAAAUUGAGCUGGUAGGUUCGAAACUUCCAGAGGAAACAAAUCCUCCUAUAGUUUUGAAUUAUAAUGUAAUUUUACCCGGGGAGAACUUGACAAAGGAUCCCCUUAUUACUCAAAAUACAUGGACUAAUGAAUCCGAGUGGGGUAAGGUGGAAAAGUGCCCUGAUCAUGUCUCUACCGACGUGAUAAAAGUUGAUGGAUUAGUCAAAUGCAAUGCCAAAAUUUUCCGAAAUAAUGUAGAAGAAACUGCAAAUAUGACCAAUACCAGCAAUCCAAAGUCUUCAGAUGUAUCAAAUUCUAGUGCCUACGGUACUGCCAACUACCCUUUUCUUGAAGGUAAUCCAUUUACUGCAACACUAUGGGCUGGUAUAGAGGGGUUCCAUAUGACAGUCAACGGAAGACACGAGACGUCUUUUGCAUAUAGAGAGAAACUCGAACCUUGGUUGGUUAGUGGAGUCAAUGUGAUAGGUGGUGUGGACACCAUAUCGAUCUUAGCGAAAGGAUUACCUGUGUCCAAUGAUUUUAACUUGGGUGAUGAUGUUGAGCACCUCAAAGCUCCACUAACUCCUAAAAAGAGACUUGUCAUGUUAAUUGGGGUUUUCUCUACUGGAAACAAUUUUGAGAGACGUAUGGCACUAAGGAAAUCAUGGAUGCAAUAUGAAGCUGUGCGGUCAGGAGAAGUAGCUGUCCGGUUUUUUAUUGGUCUUGACAAAAAUAGGCAGGUCAAUUUUGAGCUAUGGAAGGAAGCACAAGCCUAUGGAGAUAUCCAAUUAUUGCCUUUUGUUGAUUACUACAGCCUGCUCACUUUGAAGACCAUAGCAAUUUGCAUUAUGGGUGUUAACAUCCUACCUGCCAAAUAUGUUAUGAAGACUGAUGAUGAUGCUUUUGUAAGGAUUGAUGAAGUUCUAUCUAGCCUCAAGGGAAAGGAUCCUAAUGGUCUAUUAUAUGGUGGAAUAUCUUUUGAGUCAGCACCCCACAGGGAUAAAGAGAACAAGUGGUAUAUCAGUCCUGAGGAAUAUCCGCCUGCUUCCUAUCCCCCAUGGGCACAUGGACCAGGUUAUAUUAUUUCUCGAGAUAUAGCUAAGUUCAUUGUUCAGGGCCAUCAAGAAAUGGAACUGAUGCUUUUUAAACUUGAGGAUGUUGCUGUGGGCAUUUGGGUUGAGGAAUUCAAGAGGAAGGGUCACAAAGUACAGUAUGUUAACGAUGAAAGAUUUUACAAUGCCGGUUGUGAAUCAGGCUAUAUUCUUGCACAUUAUCAGAAUCCGAGGAUGGUACUAUGUCUGUGGGAGAAACUGCAGAAAGAGCACGAACCAAACUGCUGCGAGUGAUCGUGCUGUAAUCCUGAACGUUGCAAAUCAACUAGUGAGUACAAUCUUUUUGCAGAUAUAGUGGUUUCAAAUAUGAUUCUGUUUGUUUAUUCUUUGACAAAGGUCAUCAAACUGCAAUUGUAUAUUGUUUCAUUGGCACUAUAUUGUUGUUAUUCCUAUGUGCCAUCUUAUAUUGUGUUGGUAAGCUGAUGUUGAAUGUUGAAAAA